GGUACUAAAACGAAAACUGAACGUUAAAAAAUCAUCGAUUUUAGCAUUCAAUAGUUUAAACACAUAUCAAUUAUUGCUUUAGUAAAAUUUAAGCAAAAAUAAUAGUAUAACGAGGGAGUUAUGAACAUUUGAAAUGUCUAAUUUUCAUGUCCGCCAUUAAAAUCGGCCAUUUUGAAUAUUUGCAAUCAGCAAAGGUCUGUGACGUCAUAUUCUUAACACGGCAAGAAGCGCACAUUGGAAAGUAUACAAAGUAAUAUAUAAACAGAGCAAAAAUGUCAAAUUCAUCGAGAUCUAGCUCGCUUUCUGAGUCUUCGAUCGAGACAAACGCAUCAAUUUCUUCAUCGGAAUUCAUGACGGCAAAUUCGGACGAAUCUAAUUCGGAAAUUUUGCCAUUUGCCGAUAAUAUUGAACCGCUUGCUUCGCCCGAUGAAAUUGCUGAGUACGAAGCUGCAGUCGCAGAAGAACGGCAGGUUGAGGACAUGCUGCAAGAUCGUUUUGAUGCCCGUGUUGAUGUUACUUCAUGGUGUGAAUGUGGCCAUUGUUCGUUGGAUCUUGUUGUCAACCCUCAAGAGUGCCGAUGCUGCAUGGAAUUAGAGCAAUGCCGUGGCAAAAUGAAUCAGUUCGAAGUCGAUGAAAGAAAAUGCAUUUUGGAUCACCCUGGCUUUAACGAAGUUUGCCUGAACGAAUUUGUUCUUCAAGCAGCUUCGUUAGGUUUAAAGACCAAAGAUCAUCGCAGUUAUGCGACCGUUUUUCGAGAUGGUCAAAAGACCAGAGAGGAGUUCUUUCGAGCAGUAUCGUACAGACAACUCGUGCGUCUUGUAUGGGACUUUACAGGCAGCUCCAGACAUUUGCCACUGCCUUGUUGUUGUUACAACAAAAUACGGACGACAUUUCCGAACAAUAAGUGUCUUCCUUACAAAGGAUUCGAAGAGGAUGAGGACAUAUAGCAA